UUCCAAUUUCACAGAUCAAAUCAGCCCGAAAAAUCUGGAUGAGGAAGUUUCAAAACCCUCAAGUAUAAGGAAUCAUUGGGCCGGCAUCUAGAAUUCUCGUUAUUUGCAACAACUAAGCGAAGCGAGACAAAAAUGGCGACUUCAGCCAUGUCGGAAAAACGGGUCGUCCUGCUCUGCGGCGACUAUGCCGAGGACUAUGAGGUUAUGGUCCCUUUCCAGGCUCUGUUGGCUUAUGGUAUAUCAGUGGACGCUGUUUGUCCCGGCAAGAAGGCCGGCGAAACUUGCCGCACCGCUAUUCAUCAACUUUCCGGCCAUCAGACCUAUACCGAGAUCCGUGGUCACAAUUUCACACUAAAUGCAUCAUUUGAAGAUAUAGACCAUACUAAAUAUGAUGGUUUAGUUAUAGCCGGAGGACGAGCUCCUGAAUAUCUUGCUAUGGAUGCAUUUGUAUUGAACAUGGUUCGCAAUUUUGUUAAUUCUGGAAAGCCUGUUGCUUCAAUUUGUCAUGGUCAAUUGAUAUUAGCUGCUGCCGGGGCAGUUGGUGGUCUAAAAUGUACUGGUUUCCCUGCUGUUGGACCUACACUUAUUGCUGCUGGUGCAUUGUGGAUUGAACCUGAUACUUUGGCAGCUUGUGUUGUUGAUGGUAAUAUCAUUACUGCAGCUACUUAUAUUGGUCAUCCCGAGUUUAUCAGGCUGUUUGUGAAAGCAUUAGGGGGCACCAUAUCCAAAUCGAACAAAAGGAUCCUAUUUCUUUGUGGGGAUUAUAUGGAAGAUUAUGAAGUAACUGUGCCUUUCCAAUCACUUCAAGCUCUAGGCUGCCAUGUAGAUGCAGUUUGUCCUAAGAAGAAGGCUGGCGAUUUGUGUCCAACUGCUGUCCAUGAUUUCGAAGGUGACCAAACUUACAGCGAGAAGCCAGGUCAUGAUUUUACUCUAACAGCCAACUUUGAGGACAUAGAUGCCUCAAGUUAUGAUGCUCUUGUCAUCCCUGGGGGUCGAGCACCAGAAUAUUUAGCGUUAGAUGGGAAAGUGAUUGAUAUAGCGAAGCAUUUUAUGGAGUCCGAGAAACCGGUUGCAUCCAUUUGCCAUGGACAGCAGAUUUUAGCUGCUGCUGGUGUUCUCAAGGGGAAGAAAUGUACCGCAUACCCAGCUGUGAAACUGAACGUGGUGUUGGCCGGAGCAACCUGGUUAGAACCUGAGCCUAUAGAUCGAUGCUUCAGUCAUGGAAAUUUGGUUACCGGAGCAGCUUGGCCAGGACACCCUGAGUUCAUUUCUCAAUUAAUGGAUUUGCUGGGUAUUAAGGUUUCCUUCUAGUUGAUCUGCUUUACAAGCUCUGUGCAUGUGCAAUGUGGCAAAUACUGUAAAAUCUAUAUGAAUGUGUGCAACUGGUAUCUUCCCUCGUUUGUAACAGGUUUUUCUGUGUGCCGAAGAGAUGGUUAUGGUUAUGGAUGUUUCUAGCUUUGUGGAAUAAAAAUGAAAAAAACAGCUUGAUUUGCUAUUUUGUUCAUAA